UCGCCUCGACGGAGUCCAAGGCCAGUCCAGGAGCAAAAUGUCCUUCCAAGGCAAGAAGAGCAUACCGCGCAUCACGAGCGACCGCCUCCUGAUCAAAGGUGGGAAGAUUGUGAAUGAUGACCAGUCCUUCUAUGCCGAUCUGUAUGUGGAAGAUGGCUUGAUUAAACAAAUCGGGGAGAACCUCAUCGUCCCCGGGGGCAUCCGAACCAUCGACGCCCAUGGCCUGAUGGUCCUGCCUGGCGGAGUCGACGUGCACACCAGGCUGCAGGCGCCUGCGCUGGGCAUGGCGCCCGCUGAUGACUUUGCGCAGGGCACCACAGCCGCCCUGGCCGGAGGGACCACCAUGGUCUUGGACCACGUGUUUCCGGACGCGGGUGUGAGCCUGCUGGCGGCCUACGAACAGUGGCGGGAGCGGGCGGACACUACAGCCUGCUGCGACUACUCGCUGCACAUGGACGUCCCCCGCUGGCACGAGAGCACCAAGGAGGAGCUGGAGGCCCUGGUCAAGGACAAGGGCGUGAACUCCUUCCUGGUCUUCAUGGCGCACAGGGACCGGUGCCAGUGUUCGGACGGGCAGAUGUACGAGAUCUUCAGCAUCAUCCGGGACCUGGGGGCCGUGGCCCAGGUCCACGCCGAGAACGGGGACAUCGUGGAGGAGGAGCAGAAGCAGCUGCUGGAACGCGGCAUCACGGGUCCCGAGGGCCACGUGCUCAGCCACCCCGAGGAGGUGGAGGCUGAGGCUGUGUACCGCGCCAUCACCAUCGCCAAGCAGGCCAACUGCCCACUGUAUGUCACCAAGGUGAUGAGCAAGGGCGCAGCCGAUGUGAUUGCCCAAGCCAAGCGCAGGGGGGUGGUUGUGUUCGGGGAGCCCAUCACUGCCAGCCUGGGCACGGACGGCUCACAUUACUGGAGCAAGAACUGGGCUAAGGCCGCGGCCUUUGUCACUUCGCCCCCCAUCAGCCCCGACCCCACCACCGCAGACCACCUCAGCGCCCUGCUGUCCAGCGGGGACCUCCAGGUGACCGGCAGCGCGCACUGUACCUUCACCACUGCCCAGAAGGCCGUCGGCAAAGACAACUUCACACUGAUCCCGGAGGGCACCAACGGCGUGGAGGAGCGCAUGUCCAUAGUCUGGGAGAAGUGUGUGGCCUCGGGAAAAAUGGAUGAGAAUGAGUUUGUUGCUGUGACCAGUACCAAUGCUGCCAAAAUCUUCAACUUUUACCCCAGGAAGGGGCGUGUGGCUGUGGGCUCUGAUGCCGACCUGGUCAUCUGGAACCCGAGGGCCACCAGGGUCAUCUCUGCCAAGACCCACAACCUGAACGUGGAGUACAACAUCUUGGAAGGCGUGGAGUGCCGGGGGGCCCCGGUGGUGGUUAUCAGUCAGGGCCGAGUUGUGCUGGAGAGCGGGGCCCUCCUGGUCACCCCGGGGGCCGGCCGCUUCAUCCCCCGGAAGACCUUCCCGGACUUCGUGUACAAGAGGAUCAAAGCCCGGAACAGGCUGGCGGAGAUCCACGGGGUGCCCCGAGGUCUCUAUGACGGGCCUGUGCAUGAAGUGGCGCUGCCCGCCAAGCCGGGGAGCAGCGCCCCGGCCCGGGCUUCCUGCUCCGGCAAGAUCUCAGUGCUGCCUGUGCGUAACCUGCACCAGUCUGGAUUCAGCCUCUCUGGGUCUCAAGCGGAUGAUCACAUUGCCAGACGCACAGCUCAGAAGAUCAUGGCGCCCCCUGGUGGACGCUCCAACAUCACCUCGCUCUCCUAGGC